CGACCCCACGAGACGAUAAGCGCAACCCAGCUCAUCAUCAUCAUUCAUCAUUCAUCAUUCAACAUUCAUCGUCUCAUGCAUCUCUACUGAUCUUGGAAUCCCAUAACAAACGCACGUAACGGCCUACACGUAGCAUCCUCAUCAUCAUGUCCGACAGAGGCCGCUCAAGGACGCCUCGUUCGCUCUCGCGAUCCCCAGUCCCGACUAAGAAGAAGUCGUCCACGGAUGACGUCUCGAUGGGGUCUCGUUCCGCUUCUCCCGCUCGACGAACGACCAAGUCUCGUCGUGCUCGUUCCGGUAGCGAUAUGAGCGUCAGUCGAAGCCGAUCUCGCAGUCGCUCCAGGGCGCCCAGAGGAGACCGGGCGAGAUCGAUGUCCAGGUCGAGGUCUAGGUCUAGAGGAGCGAGACGGUCGCGUUCUCGAGGAGGAAGGAGUGAUGGAUCCAAGGUCAUCGUCAUCAGUCAUCUCACUCGAAGCGUGAACAAGGGGCAUCUAGAAGAAAUCUUUGGACAGUACGGGAAGAUUACCGGGAUCGAUUUGCCUGUCGUCAGGGGAGGUAAGUCGUGCUUUUCAUCAUCGAAUCUACCUUCAUCCUCUCGCUCGGUAUGCUCAUCGACUCUUGCCUGUUUGAUGAUCCUCUACUCCCUUCACGUAGCUGGGCACAACCAAGGCAAAGCGGCGCUCGAAUACGCCCAGUCUCAUUCGGCCGGUAAAGCGAUCGAACACAUGGACGGAGGAUCGCUAGACGGCCAGAUCUUGCAGGUCGAACUCUCGCACCUCCCGCUUCCUGCGCCUGGACGAGCGGACUCGAGGGACAGGAAUGUUGGCGCGAACAGGGGUCCGGGCCGGUACGAUUACGCGGCUCCUGGACCGGGACGAGGAGGUCCGGGUCCGAGGAGGUAUUCGCCCGCACGUGGAGGGAGGCGGGAUGGCGGAUACGGCGGAGGUGCGAGGGAGAGGAGCAGGAGUCCGUUUGGAGGUCGAGCGGGUUCUGGUCGCGGCGGAUAUGGAGGUGGAUAUGGCAGGGACAACAACGGCCCGCAGCGUGGACCGGGUGGAUACGGAAGUGGGCCUCGAGGUGGUGCUGGAUUCGACGACAGGCGAGGGGGAUACGGCAACAGGAACCCACCCAACGCGUACAACGACCGUGAUCGUUUCUCUGGGCCAGCUCCUGGUCCUACCGGACCUCGUCGACCGGACGACAGGCCUCGUCGUGGUAGCCCGGACGUGCGCCGACCUUCCCGUCGUCGUUCGCUCAGCCGAUCCGUCUCUCGUUCUCGUUCGUACUCUCGCUCCGUCUCGCCUCGACCCAGAAGACGAGGAGGUCGAUCUCGCUCGCCUUCCUACUCUCGAUCGAGGUCCAGGUCGAGGAGCGUAUCGAGGUCCAGGUCGUAUUCCCGAUCGGUAUCGCGAUCCAGGUCUCCUCCGCCCAGGAAGGGCAGGAAAGACUCCCGUAGCAUCAGCCGAAGCAGGAGUAGAAGCCCCGUCAGGAGGAAGAGGAGGAGCAGCGCUAGUAGGAGCCCUAGCAGGAGCAAGAGCCCGGCGCCUGCCAAGUAGGCUCUGUGUGGGGAUGGAUUAGAUGCAAACGACAAGCCGAGAGAAGAAGUCCAACCGGAUUUCGGAAGAAAAUAUACGACGCCGAAAACGUCCCUGGUACCAUAUUACCCUACGAUACGAUAUAUCCGACCAAAAAAAGAUCGCUCAGAGAUCUACCAUGUAUUCCCUCCUCCUCUAGUCUGUCUGUCAUCGUUUUCGAUCUAGUGUACCGCUAACAAACUAGACAAAUAACGGAUUUUCCGAUUGUCUACUUUGCAGUCUCCGCAAUCAUGUCUAUGCAAAUACCAUGUCUGAGAUUUCGGUAUGAAAUGGACAGCUUUUCAGUGGCUAGACCAACUGUACGG